AUGAGCAAACUAAAGCAACUUAGAACUCGUUGCUUCUUUGAUGUCUCCAUCGCUGAAGACAUUAUUGGACGGGUUAUUUUUGAAUUGUACAACGAUGUCUGUCCCAAGACUUGUGAAAACUUCAAGGCUUUGUGCACUGGCGAAAAGGGUAAUGGCAAAGUUACCGGCAAGCCACUGCACUACAAGAAUGUCUUGUUUCAUCGAGUUGUAAAGACAUUCAUCAUCCAGAGUGGAGAUUUCUCCCUUGGAAACGGAAGAGGUGGUGAAAGUAUCUAUGGAGGAACUUUUGAAGAUGAAUCAUUUGACAUAAAGCACACGGAACCAUUUAUGCUGUCAAUGGCCAACAGGGGGAAAAAUACAAACGGGUCACAGUUUUUCAUCACCCUGGCACCGGCACCUCAUUUAGACGGAGUCCACGUUGUUUUUGGCCACGUAAUAUCUGGACAAGAAGUGAUUCAGAAAAUUGCGAAUCAGGCUGUUGACAAAGACUCGAAACCUUUUGUUGAUAUUCGGAUUGCAAACUGCGGCGAGCUGAUACCGCAGAUCAAGCCGAAAGAUAAUAACAAAAAGAAGUCCAAAAAAGUUUCGGACAGCGGAAGUAGCAGCUCUGAUAGCAGUAGCGAUGAUAGCAGCAGUGGUAGCGACUCAGAGAGCGGCUCUUCGAGUGAUGAUGGAGAUAGCCGUAGGAAGAAAAAGAUUGGAGGGGAUGAAGACGCAAAAGAAAAUGAGUCGACUGCAAAGAAUGGCCGGCUUGCCGUUCCCAUAAGCGACCUACCCAAUGCUCCCAAAAUAUACAAUAACAUCAAGGCGGACGAGAUUCCUGAAGUACCACAAAACCGAUUCCUGGCGAGAACUUUUAAGCCCAAGGAGGAAAACAACAAAAACGGCGAUACAACAGGAAAAGAAGUAGAGAGUAGAGAUAAAGACCGAGAUAGAGAAAGGGAACGAAAUCGAGGGAGAAGUUUAAGAAUCUCCUACACCAAAUCAGGCAGAAAGGUCAAGGGCCGCGGCUCUUUGAGAUUCCGAACACCUUCUCCAGAUCGUGGCAGGGACAGAGACCGUGGACGCUUCAGACGCAGCGAGACGCCUCCUCAUUGGAAGGCCGCUCAGUCUAGGGUGAAGCCACUCAAAGAGGUUAUUUCCAAGCCAACUGAGCAAAAGAAAAAUGGAGAUGAAGUCCCUCGAAGCAGCAGAGCCAGCUUUGAUGACCGCUCUCGAGAAAGACAUCGUCGAAGCCGAAGCCGCUCCGGUUCACGAGAACGUCACGACAGCUCAAAACGGUCAGGUUCGCGAGAGCGUCGCAACAGUUCAAGACGAUCUGGUUCGCGAGAACGUCGCAACAAUUCCAGACGACACAGCCGAUCGCCGAAGCCGAAUGACAGUCAAAAAUGGACACGAAAGCGUUCUCGCAGUCGCUCCUCAAGUCGAGAACCUGAAAAGGAGGGCGUCUCUGACCGAAGGAAGGAGCGAAAGAGCGAAAUUUGUAUUGUACCGGAGAAACGAGAGCACGAGAAGCGCGAGGUGAAUCCGCACAAGCGAUCACUUGAAGUUCGAGACACGAUUGAAGAAUAA